AUGCUGGUCCGAAGCUCCCAGAGAGCCGCGCAGAGCCUCCUGCGGGGGUCGCGACCAACGGCUCGAGGCAUGGCAAGCGUCUCCACAGACAUCUUCAAGCCCACCAAGUUCGGUGGGAAAUACACCGUCACCUUGAUUCCAGGCGACGGCAUCGGUGCUGAAGUGUCAGAAACGGUCAAGGAGGUCUUCAAGGCGGACAAUGUUCCCGUCGAAUGGGAACAGGUCGAUGUGUCCGGUAUGGAGUCGGGAAGCAAGCCGUCCGACGAUCUUUUCCGGGAGGCGGUUGCUUCGUUGAAGAGGAACAAACUCGGAUUGAAGGGUAUCUUGCACACUCCCGUAGAGCGCUCCGGUCACCAAUCCUUCAACGUCGCCCUCCGUCAAGAACUCGACAUCUACGCCUCCAUCGUCCUCAUCAAGAAUAUCCCCGGCUACGAGACCCGCCACAAGAAUGUCGACUUCUGCAUUAUCCGCGAGAACACCGAAGGUGAGUACUCCGGCCUCGAGCACCAAUCGGUCCCCGGCGUCGUCGAGUCCCUCAAGAUCAUCACCCGCGCCAAGAGCGAGCGCAUCGCCAAGUUCGCCUUCGCCUUCGCCCUGGCCAACAACCGCAAGAAGGUCACCUGCAUCCACAAGGCCAACAUCAUGAAGCUGGCCGACGGCCUGUUCCGGAACACUGUGAAGAAGGUCGGCGAGGAUUACCCGACCCUCGAGUCGAACGAUAUGAUCGUCGACAACGCCUCCAUGCAGUGCGUCUCCCGGCCGCAGCAAUUCGAUGUCAUGGUCAUGCCGAAUCUGUACGGUGGCAUCCUGUCCAACAUCGGCGCCGGCCUGGUUGGCGGUCCUGGAAUCGUUCCCGGCUGCAAUAUGGGCCGGGAGGUCGCCGUCUUCGAGCCCGGAUGCCGUCACGUUGGAUUGGACAUUAAAGACAAGGGCCAGGCUAACCCCAGCGCACUUCUGUUGAGCGCGAGCAUGAUGCUGCGUCAUGUUGGCCUCGAUGACCACGCGAACAGGAUAUCGAAGGCUGUGUAUGAUGUUAUUGCCGACCCUAAAUCACGGACACGCGAUAUGGGUGGCAAUGCCACUACGCAACAGUUCACCCGAGCGGUCUUAGACAAGAUGGAGGCAUCAGGAUGA